GGAGCGUUACAGUGCGCGUGAUUCGGUCGCCUAUAAAUGCAGAAGCCUGCACUAUUUGCCUCCCUUUAAAAACCUUCAUCUCCACCUUCAUCUUCAUCCUCCACAUGUUCGAGUCUCUCUCUCUGCCUCUCUCUCUCUCUCUCUCUCUCUCUCUCUCUCUCUCUCUCUCACACACACACACAUAUAUACAGUGAUGUCGCGGUUUUAGCGCGAGGAUCCUGCCAAUAGCCAGACAGGCACGAGUCUGAUUAUUUUUUUUUAAUUAUUGUUCAUUGUUUUAUUAUCACUUAUUUUAUGUCCUUCUGUUCUUUUCCCUGAUUUGUUCUUUUUUAUUUCGUUUCUCUAACUCUCUUUCUUCUCCUGUGUCUUUCGUUUCUCAAUAAACGUUUCGUUUUGCGUUUGUGAAUUGUUUGGUUAUUUUUCCAAGCAGAAUAAGCGUAACUGGUUUUAUUUCGAGUGUUUUAUUUUUUUUUUUUUAUUUUUCAUUAUUUUGUAUGAACCCUGUCUCGGUGUGUUGGUUGUAAGGCAUAUUUCGCUUGUGGGACAACCUUAACUUUGCCUGUAGAGAGACGACGGCAUCUCCAAACUAACAUGGCAGUCAGGCUGUGUGAUGUGGCUUCUCUGCUUAGAAGUGGCUCGUGGGCGGCAGAGCCUUGGACUGGGCAGGUAAUUGCUGCCAUGGAAACACAGCUAUCGAACGGACCGACCUGCAACAACACGAGCAAUGGACCUGCUCCCAUCUCCAACAACUGCACCUCACCCGUGGAGUCCACUGGCAUCGAGGACAGUAAAACUAACCUCAUAGUGAACUACCUUCCCCAGAACAUGACCCAGGAGGAGCUAAAGAGCCUUUUUGGCAGCAUCGGCGAGAUCGAAUCCUGCAAAUUAGUACGAGACAAAAUCACAGGGCAGAGUCUGGGUUAUGGAUUUGUGAACUAUGUGGACCCUAAAGAUGCAGAGAAAGCAAUCAACACUUUAAAUGGACUGAGACUGCAGACCAAAACAAUCAAGGUGUCGUACGCCCGUCCUAGUUCGGCCUCCAUCAGGGAUGCUAACUUGUACGUGAGCGGUCUGCCGAAGACGAUGACUCAGAAGGAGCUGGAGCAGCUCUUCUCUCAGUACGGCCGCAUCAUCACCUCCCGCAUCCUUGUCGACCAGGUCACAGGUGUGUCUCGAGGUGUGGGUUUUAUCCGUUUUGACCGGCGGGUGGAGGCGGAGGAGGCGAUAAAGGGUCUGAAUGGUCAGAAACCGCCCGGCGCCACGGAGCCCAUCACGGUGAAAUUCGCCAAUAACCCGAGCCAGAAGACUAGCCAGGCUCUGCUGUCUCAACUCUACCAGAGUCCAAACAGGAGAUACCCUGGACCCCUCGCCCAGCAGGCACAGAGAUUUAGGUUGGACAACCUGCUGAACAUGGCUUAUGGAGUGAAAAGUAGAUUUUCUCCUAUGGCCAUCGAUGGGGUCACCAGUUUGGCAGGCAUCAACAUCCCAGGGCACGCAGGCACGGGCUGGUGCAUAUUCGUCUACAACCUUGCGCCUGACGCCGACGAGAGCAUCCUUUGGCAAAUGUUCGGUCCAUUCGGCGCCGUGACGAACGUGAAGGUCAUUCGCGACUUCAAUACAAACAAGUGCAAAGGGUUCGGCUUUGUCACCAUGACUAACUACGACGAGGCGGCCAUGGCCAUCGCCAGCCUGAACGGAUACCGCCUUGGGGAUCGAGUCUUACAGGUCUCGUUCAAAACCAACAAAACGCACAAAGCUUAAACCACGGCGGCCAACUCCUGAUUGUUUCUAGAAAAUUCCGGGAUGGGAAAAGUGAGGGGUGGGGUGAAAAAUUGAAAUGUAAGGUGAA